AUGGCGCUGGCGCAACGCCAUGCCACGAUUACGGCGAUGCUGCGGCAUGCCAAGUGGCGCGAGGCACUUCAAGUCCUCCGCGAAAUGCCAGAUGAGAAGGUGCUGCCCUCGGUGGUCACCUUCAACGCCACUAUUAGCGCCUGCGCCAGGGCGAGUCGCUGGGAAGUGUCCCUGGCAUUGCUGGAGGAGAUGCCAAAACGACAGGUCCAGCCGGACGUCAGGAGCUUUGGGGCCUGCGUCAGUGCAAUGGAGAAGAGUCGCCGUUGGAGGCUGGCGCUACAGCUGCUCAGGGACCAAAGGCAGCGCGGGCUGUCACUGGGCAGCUGGGUGGCAUCCGCUGCGAUCAGCGCCUGUGGGCACUCAACCAGGUGGCUCGAAGCCUUGGAGGUCUUUGAGCAGUUGCAGUCAGGCGCCAAUCUCCACGUCUCCUGCGCCCUGGUGGCCGCCCUGGGCUCAGCCCAGCACUGGCGAAGGGCGCUGGAGGUCUACGGUGCGACUGCCAGGGCGGAUACGGCGCUGCACGGGGCGGCGAUGUCCGCAUUGGCGGAAGCGCAGCAGUGGCAGGCGGCACUGCAGCUUCUGCUGCAGCGAAAAACGGCCGAUGCAACCUCCGUGACUGCGCCUCUAGUGACGUCCUUCAUACGCGCGAUGAGUGCUGCUACGCAGUGGCUGUGGGCAAUCGACCUUUUCGUGCAGAUGCGACGUGCGGGAACCACGAGGUGGGACACGCCAUCCAUGAAUGCUGCCAUUGGUGCUGCGGCAGCUGGGCAGGCAGCCUUUUUGGUGAUCAUAGCGAGAUGA